AUGGCGAGGUCGCAGAGCCCAGCCUGCUGCGUGCGCUUCCUCACCGCGCCCCGCGACCUGGGGCAGGCGGCGCCCCUGCCGCGGACCCGCCACCGACCCACCGACUACGGCCGCCCAGCGGCAUGCGGCCGCGCGGGAAGGCCGCAGGUAAACGGGGGGCGGGCGGCUGCCGAGCCGCCUGGAGUGUGGCCUGCCUGCGUGCGCGCCUCCGGGGCAGGGCGCAGGGACCCGGGGCCGCUGCGCCGGGUGCCCACACGGCUGGGUCGCAGGCGACCUCGCGGGGUGCACACGCGGGGCUCCCAGGUGACCUCGGGGGGCGCACACGCAGACCUCCCAGGUGGCCUCGCGGUGCGCCCGCGGGGCUCCAGGGGGACGCGGGGACGCGCGGGCGGGCGCGCGCCGCUUCCGCUUCCGCCGAGCAGCCCCCCGGCGCAGGGCGCGCCCCUCGGCUCGAAGACCAAUCCCGGGCAGGGAGGCGCGGCCGUGCCCCCUCCCCACUCGCCUGCCGCACCCAUCGCGCACCUCCUGGCGCAGCAGCUUCCGCAGAGCCGCGGGUUCCGUCGGAGGAUGCGGUUUUGGCUGAGAAAUGAGGAGAUGGCCCUGGAAGAAAUGGUGCAGAGAUUAAACGCGGCUUCCAGGCGCACUGAUGAGAUCAUGCACCAGGACCUCACACCGCUCUGUGCCGCCGACAUCCAGGAUCAGCUGAAGAAGCGCUUUGCUUACCUGUCUGGUGGGCGGGGGCGCGACGGCAGCCCUGUCAUCACCUUCCCAGACUAUCCGGCCUUCGGCGACGUCCCCGACAAGGACUUCCAGAGUGUCAUGGCCUAUCUCGCCAGCAUCCCGAGGACACCCCACCUUCUGGCAGAAGGAGACAAACUCUGCCAUUAUCACUACACCCCCUGGCCCACCCUGGCCCAAACCGCCAUCAGCCCAGGCACCCCUGACGCAGGGGGCCAGGCCGGUGGUAGCCCAGCUGCCUUGUGGCGCGUCGCCAUGCCGCCACCCAGCCUGCUUGCCCCUGCCCCCUGGAGUCCUCGUAACCAGGGGCUGGAGCUUCUAGUGGGAUGUUGGAAGUUGUCCUGCGCCCCCUUAGCCACACAGAUCACACUGCAUCUCAGAACAGUCGCCACAGGUCAUUCCUUCCUCCAUGAGGGCUGCCCCAACCCGGCAGUGCCUUUGGACGACGGGGCGGCCCUUCGCCUGGGCCGCAUCCCGCUGCUGUCCGUGGACAGUGUGGUCCGCCUUAGUCAGCCAACUCAGCUGUAG